UGUUUUAAAAAAUGAGAAAAUUCGAUAAUAAAACCUCCUAUUUGCUACAAAGGCCUCGAUUUUACGCAAAUCCAAACACGCCUUAUUGGUGAAAAGUUCCCAGUCGGAGAAUCAUCCUGGGCAUCUUCCCCACCUGCAUAGCAAAUUUCUGAAUUUUGUAGUUUCCACCGGAGAAGAAGUACAUAUGGAGAAAGGCAAAGCAGUGAUGGGCUCCGGCCGCCGCUGGGCGGUGGAAUUCACUGACAAUUCAGCAUCUCAUUCAGCGCGAGAUAUUCCCGAUCCGCCAGGCUUCACUCGCUCGUCGCAAGAACAGGAUGAUUCGGCCGGGAGUAAACAGAAGAAGGACGCUGAAGCUAAUUGGAAAGCUCAGAAAGCAUGGGAAGUUGCACAAGCGCCAUUUAAGAACUUGUUCAUGAUGGGCUUCAUGAUGUGGAUGGCGGGAAGCACUGUUCAUCUUUUUAGCAUUGGUAUAACAGUUUCGGCACUGUUUCAGCCGAUCAAUGCACUUCGAGGAGUCGGGAAAGUUUUCGAGCCAUACAAGGACAAUAAAGUGGAUCUUCUCGCACCGAAGUUGGUGUUCAUUGCCCUUAAUUUGGUGGGCUUGGCAUUAGGAAUAUGGAAGCUUAAUACACUUGGGCUUCUGCCAACUCAUGUGUCGGAUUGGGUCUCGUCGUUACCUCCCCCACAGGAGGUUGAGUAUUCCGGCGGAGGUAUUCCUCUUUACUAGCUUUGUCUUUGAAUUCACCAGCCGAGAUGAGAUUUACCGAAUCAAGAUGCGAAUUCUGCAUUGGUGAUGGAGUUUCGCAUGCUCGACUCAGGUGAAGACUUCAGUUUUUUCUUAUAUUUUUGGAACGAAUUCAUCGGCAUAUUCGUGUACUGUAUAUUAUAGCGGUGAAGAAAACAAGAACUUCUCUUAGUUCAUCUUGCCUUGACUUGAUUUUGGAUUGCUGUUUUGGAGUGUGUUUUGGACAUUUUAUGGUGUUUUGUUACAGCAGCGCUACUUCUAAAGAUUAGCCAAUUUUUUUUGACAUAA